AUGUCGACCGGAGCUCGGUUAUGGAAGCAGUGGCCUCGGUCUGUCCUCUCGUUACAAUCUAGAGUACCCCGGAGGUGUGCUGUUCCUGCUUCGUUGCGAAAAUAUAGCUCUGUUUCCGCUGCAGAGCUGCAGUUCGGCCAGCCUUUGCACGAAACACACCCGCAUCUUCUGAAGGCCGGAGAACUGACGCCCGGUAUCACGGCUCUCGAAUAUGACCACCGACGAUCGAAACUUGCUUCCAAACUCCCCAAAAACGCCGUCGCAAUCGUUAGAGCUGCAGAGCUGAAAUAUAAAUCCAAGAAUGUGUUUUAUAAAUACCAUCAGGAUACUGAUUUCUUUUAUUUGACUGGAUUCAAUGAGCCGGGAGCUCUAGCUAUUAUCGCAAACACCGGCCACCCGGGCGAGCAUACCUUCCACCUAUACGUUCGGGAAAAGGACACACGAGCAGAGCUAUGGGAGGGAGCCAGGUCCGGCACGCAGGCAGCCAUGGAUGUCUUCAACGCAGACGAGUCCGGCGACAUUAAUCGUAUCAAAGAUUUCUUGCCCGAUGUACUGUCUGGCGCAUCUGAGAUAUAUACUGAUAUUGCCGGAUUUGGGCCCGGUAGCUCCCCAUUCUCACGGCUACUGUCCAGUUUCUCCGACCCGCCCUCCUCCGCUGCCGAUGUUAGAGAAGAGGCCAUGAAUAAGAUCAGACCGCUAACGCCCAUCAUCAACGAAUUACGGGUAUUCAAGAGUGAUGCGGAGAUUGCCAAUAUGAGACAUGCGGGACGUGUGACGGGACGAGCAUUCACUGAAUCGAUGCGACACAAUUUUACCACCGAGACUGAGCUUAAUGUCUUUUUGGAAUAUCAGUUUCGUCUGCAGGGCGGGGAUGGGACGGCGUUUGUCCCCGUCGUUGCAGGUGGACAGAACGCACUGAGUAUUCAUUAUGUUAGAAACGAUAAUGUUCUACGGGACGGUGAAUUGGUUCUAGUCGAUGGCGGCAGUGAAUAUGCAGGAUAUAUUUCAGACGUCACGAGAGUAUGGCCUGUGAACGGCAAGUUCACUCCAGCCCAAAGGGAGCUGUAUACUGCCGUUCUUAACGUGCAGCGGUCGUGUAUAUCACUCUGCCGUGAGUCAGCGGGUCUAUCACUAGAUAAGAUCCAUGAAGUUGCGGAGCGAGGCCUUCGAGACCAGCUCGACGCGAUUGGCAUCAAUACUUCUGGCGGCGCAAUGCAAACACUAUUCCCUCACCACGUUGGUCACCACAUCGGUCUCAGUGUCCAUGACUGCGGCAACUAUUCCAGGCGAGAGAAGCUGCUGAAGGGGCAGUGUAUCACGAUUGAGCCUGGCGUUUACGUCCCCAAUGACGACCGCUGGCCAGAGAAAUUCCGCGGCAUCGGCAUUAGGAUAGAAGAUAGUAUCUGCGUUGGAGACGACAACCCCAUCGUCUUCUCCCCAGAAGCAGUCAAAGAAAUUGACGAUAUCGAAGCCUUGCGAUAG